AUGGUGUCUCAAGAAAACUUGAACCCAAAGCUCAGUAUCGCCCCGCUACCCGGACGUUUGCGCAUGUACGUUCCGCCAACCAACUUCGGCGCGGUCGAGACGAACUCCAUAUACAGGAGUGGUUACCCAACCAGCAAGAACUUUGACUUUAUCAAAAGUCUCAACAUCAGAACCAUUCUCACCCUGGUUCCCGAGCCUCUCUCAGAAGAAUACAUCAUCUUCAUGGAACAAAACCACAUUCGCCAUUAUCAAAUCCAUAUACCUGCCAACAAGGACGGCAAGAUCAACAUUACUCCCGAAACCAUGGCUACUGCUCUUGCUGUCGUUCUGAACCGCAACAACCAUCCUCUUCUCAUCCACUGUAAUCGUGGCAAGCAUCGUACUGGCUGUGUGACUGCCUGCUUCCGCAAGACUCAGCACGUUCAAAAUGACCCGGCCAUCGCCGAAUAUCGCGACUAUUCAUAUCCCAAAUGCCGCGAGGACGACAUGCGUUUCAUCAGGUCUUUUGAUCCAAGCAUCGUACUUCCCAUCGCCCAAUCACAAGGAUGGCUGCCUACACCCCCACCGGAACCUAAUGAUGGAUUCUGGCAUCUAAAGCAACACACCAAGAUUCCUACUUUCGAAGAUGUUGCUGCUAUCAAGUCUACUGAUGAGCACCGGGACCAAAUCGCCCGCAUAUCGGUCAAAUGA